UGGGCACCGGUGGUUUUUGGGGCAAAGGAUACCCCACGGUGCGGACACGGAUCUGCUUGGGCCAUGGGCGGGCCGACAGACAUGCAGGAGGCGCAGCUCUAUGGGGGAGCCAUGCUUUGCGAGCUCCCGAGGUCCUUUGCCGAUGCCAGCACCUUGCGAGAGGUGCCAGAUCACCAAGAGGUAUGGGUGGACACAGGCUCGGACAGGAGCCUCAUGAUCGAGAUCUUAGAGCGGAAGGACGUCGCGGACGAGGAGGCCAUGCAGUUCUUCCUGUCAGACCUCGCGGCCUUUAACGACGCCUCGGAGGCCUCGAUCCUGCGCAGCGGGCCCUUGGCCCCGGAGGAGGUGCCCCAUGUGCCGGCGGCGUGCGCUGCAAAAGCGGUCGGGGAGCAGAUCGUGGCCAAGUUCCGGGAGGACCGCCGGAACCGUGUGCAGAUCCACGCGGCGGUCCUCCGCUUGCCCCAGGUGUCCACAGACCUCCUCAUCACCUUGAACGACCCGGUGUCCAUUGACCCUGAGAGCAGCUCUGCUGAUGCCCCGGUGCCUGUGGAGUCUGCAGAGGCCAUCCUGGCGGCGGUGCUGCGCUCUUUUCGCAUCGCUGACUGGGGCCUCUUCGGCUAGCGGCUAGCGGCGCGGGAAUCUUCUGUACAGCCCGCGGAG